UUGUGAACACCUAGAAAAUAGAACAAAAUAGUGCGGGAACUCAGGAUGUGGUUCAGAGAUUUGGGCCUGCGGCUAAGUUUUUUUCACCUGAUGGUGUGUCUGCCCAGUAUUUACACAAAUGUGCCAAACUAUUCGGAUCGGUACAACAGGAGGCCCGUAUCGCAGGAUCCGGGAGUGGGAACCUAUGUCCGCGGGUACAUGGAAAACAGACAGUUGUCCUAUAAUCGACCUGGACCAGCCAAUUUCCAAGAUCCCAGAGGUGUGGAGCUGCAACCGAAGCGACGAGAGUAUCUCAUUCGAUCCCAUGAAACGCAGUCCGAUAGAGGGCAGCACAAAUGCCGCGUUUGGGUGCCCCCCGAUACGGUGGAGAAGUACCAGUACCCCAGCGUCAUCCAGACGGACCAGGCCAACCGGCUGUCCCUGAUCGAGGUCUGCUGCACCGGAUACUCGGCCAGCCGGCUAAUGGGCGUGACCGUGUGCCGGGCGCAAUGUGGCUGCCAGAACGGGAGCUGCAAGAUUCCGGGGGAGUGCGAGUGCUAUGACGGCUUUGUGCAGAACGACAACGGCGACUGUGUGUUUGCCUGCCCGCUGGGCUGCCAGAAUGGCCAGUGCUACUUGGACGGCAGCUGCCAGUGCGAUCCGGGCUACAAGCUGGACGAGACGCGCCGCUUCUGCCGCCCGAUCUGCAGCAGUGGCUGUGGCAGCAGUCCGCGCCACAACUGCACCGAACCGGAGGUCUGUGGCUGCUCCAAGGGCUACCAGCUGACCGACGACGGAUGCCAGCCCGUCUGCGAGCCGGACUGUGGAAUCGGCGGACUCUGCAAGGACAACAACCUGUGCGACUGCGCACCUGGUUACAACCUGAGGGAUGGCGUCUGCCAGGCCGAUUGCUAUCAGAAGUGCAACAAUGGCGUGUGUGUCAGCCGAAACCGAUGUAUAUGCGAUCCGGGAUAUGCCUACCAUGAGCAAUCGACCAUGUGCGUUCCGGCAUAGACAUUUCAAAAUCCUCCCAAAACUUUCGUGAACAAGUACAUUUUUAGAUCGGUAUAAAAACAUUAAUCAAGCAAUAAUAAAGCACUCCUUAUCUUACAAAUUAUUUAAAUUGGCUAGUUUAGCUCAUUUUAAUUACAUUGUGAUA